AUGAUAAUUCAUUCUCAAUGGCCAAAUGCAUGUAUUCCAUGGUUAAAAAAAAUUGGAUCAAGACCAUCAUAUACAACUGAUUUUUUAAUUAAUCUUAUUUUACAAAAACUUGCUCGACAUACAAUUGCUAUUGAAAUAUUAAAUAAAUUAAAUUGUACAAAAAUUUUAAUUGAAAAAAUUUUAUGUGCAUUAAGUAAAUUAUUUAUUAAUGAUGAUAUACUUAAAAAAAGUUUAAAUGAAAAUAAUCAAUUAUUAGAUUGUUUAUGUCAAUUACUUAUUCAAUAUUUAAUAAUUACAAGUAAUACAAUACGAAUUCAUCAAUUACUUAAUGAUGAAAUAUUAAUAAUAUUAACUAAUCUUUUAUGGAGUAUAUCAUUUCAUGAAUCUUAUCAAGAAAAAUUAAAAUUAAAUAUUAAUUUUAUUCAUACAUUAUCAAAUUUAGCUACAUCAUCAUUAUUAUAUACUAGUACACAUAUAAAAACAAUACCACAAUAUUUUCAACAACAAUCACAUAUUAUGAUUAGUUAUUCACAUAGUAAUUCAAUAUUUUGUCAUGAACUUGUCGAACAUUUAUCUAAUCAUAUAUAUGUUUGGGUUGAUUAUAAACAAGAACAUUAUAAUAGUAUUCAUUCAGAUGAUCUUUGGGAAGAAAUUGCUGCUGCUAUGGAAACAGCUACUGUUAUUAUUUUAAUUGUAUCAAAAGAAUAUUAUGAUUCAAAAUCAUGUAGACAAGAACUUUCAUAUGCUUGUGAUACACUAAAAAAACGUAUUGUACCUGUAUAUGCUCCAAAUCAAAAAUAUAAAGCAAAUGGUUGGCUUGGAAUUCGCAUAGCUGGACAAAAAUAUAUUCAUUUUGGACGAAAAACUUUUACAGAUGCUCUUAAUGAACUUCUUUCUAUCUUGACUAUUGAUCAAAAGUCUAUGACAAUACAAAACUCAUCUAAUAAAAUGAUCUCAAUGAAAUUGAAUGAAGAAGAAAAUUCAUUAAAAAAUUGGACAUCGAAAGAUAUUCAAAAAUGGUUUAAUGAUAAUCGUAUUCACAAUGAUUUAAUUACACUUUUUGCUGAUCGAUUUUAUACUGCUACAGCUUUGAUUGUUUAUGCUCGUCAUUUAAAACAAUUUUAUGAAGAUGAAUAUAUACAAAUAAAAACAAAUUAUCAUAAAACAUUUAAUGGUAAACAACUUCAAACACUUGAUUUUAUUACAUUUGUUGAUGCACUUUGGCGUUUACGUGAAAAACAUGAUCCUCAAAGUAAGAUCGAAGAUGCUUUGGAUAAAUCUAAUAAAAAUCAAUUACAAUGUACGAUUAACAAUUGUCAUGAGGAAUCGACUUGUUUGUAA